AUGGCCUGCCGGCAUGGGUUCAUAGAGUGUAUUACUGAGAUGAAGCAUAGUGGAGAACUUGCAAAAUAUGGUCUUGCUGCUAUCAAUUGCAUGCUCGACGUCUGUGGGAAAGACCAGGGGCUGGGUCACGAUAUUGGCUGUACCUCACGCAAAACUGUUGCCUCCAGUUCAAUCAGCACCAAAGCUCAGGAACCCAAUCUUAUCAUUGCCAUCAAUGCAUUUCAUGGCUAUGCUCAUAACCGUCGCUGUCAGCUGGCUCAUCACCCUUUGUAUCUUGAGGGUUUUGGCAUUGAAGAUCUCAAAACAUGUGAACAAAUUUUUUCAAGUUCUAACUGUGCCUGUGGGCUCAUUCAGCAUGCUUCAUACUUUUAUUGGAUUCAAUAUCUUGAUCUGCAUUUUGACCAAUGGGACAAAGACAAAUAUCUUGAGUUGAGUAAUUUCUUACACAACAAUUAUGUCCAAGCACUUCGCAUAAUAGAUGAAUACACUCCUUUGCUCAAUGAGUUCAAGACACACAAAUCUUUGACUGAUGAUGCCUUCCUGCAAUGGAGAGAAGAUGAAUCUGAGUUCCUUACAAACCUUGCCCUUGAACCACCGUCAGAUGCCAUCGCAGUAGCAUACAUUGAAGAGCUGGAAAACUCCAGCGUGCAGAGUUAG